AUGCCUGAACUUGUUUCAGAAAUGAAUCCGUCUCAGGAGAUCGGAUAUUUCAACAGUAGCAACAGUUUCUUUACCAACGAGGAACCACUUGAUAUCAAUCUACGUAACCUUGAGAACUUAUCUCUGAUGGACAAUUUCAGUCGUGCCAGCGCGCUGACUGCAAUAGAGAACAACGAAAACCUUGUUUACUUCCAGGACUUCGAGUCUGUUCUCAAUCCUUACAUUGACGACCCAAAGGAAGGCAACAUUUCCAGGACUGUGAGAGUGCCGUCUUCGGAACACGUUGCGGAGAUCGUUGGUCGCCAAGGAUGUAAAAUCAAAGAUUUGAGAGCAAGGACCAACACAUACAUUAAGACGCCAAUGCGAACGCAGUCACCCGUGUUCGUUGUGACUGGAAAGGAGGAAGCCGUACUGCUGGUCAUGGAUGAGAUUCAGCAUGCUGCCGAACAUUUCACACACAUUCGUGCCUCCCGCAAUCACCACAAGGCGGCAGGUGGGGGUCUUGAUGCCAGCAAGACCAUGAGUCGGGAGGGAGAUGUGAUGAUACAGGUCACAGUACCAUACCGUGUUGUUGGACUGGUUGUUGGCCUAAAGGGACAGACCAUUAAGGCUAUCCAGCAGGAAACGGACACGUUCAUUGUUACACCCAACCGAGACAAGGCUCCUAUUUUUGAGAUCCGAGGUCAGCCUGAGAAUGUAGAGAGGGCCAAGAUGAUGAUACUACGACACAUUGAAACCCGCACCAAACACUGCCGACUGCAGGAUACCACUAAUCUGCCAGCCAGCUGGGGUGACGACCAGAGGCAGAAUGGCAAUGAUUAUACAUAUUGUCAUGACACAAACCAGCAGAACAGCCAUAGUUCUAGUGGCAUCAAUGGCCACAGCAAUUUCAGUAACAACGGCAGUAUUCCGAAUGGUAUUGGGUUUAAUUCUCAGAAUACAGGCUUUAACAUGUUCUCGACCACAAGUCCCCCAGCACAAGGUAACAACAACUGGAGAGGUUAUAGUACCACAGCUGAUCAAAUGCCCACUCAGAAUGGAAAUUUUUCUACAAGCUGGAGCAUUGCCACAUCUGACUAUAACCCAGUUCUGUGCUCUCUGCCCUCCCUGUCAAAUCGAACCAACAAUUUAUUGAAUUCAGUUAGAAGUAACAACAGUUUUCCAUUCAACAUGUCUGUGGGUAGCACCUCAUCAUCGUCCAACAGCUCUUCAAGCAUUUCACCCCAUCAAGAGUUCAUUGGUGAAGGUUCCUUCUCUAGCCAGCAGUUACCCAAUACAUUUGGAGCUUCCUUAAAUAGCCCAUCUUUAAGAAGCAUCAAUGAUCCAAUGGAACCAUCAGCUUUUACCAGCUUCCCUCUUCUCACAUCAGCACCGACUACAUCGACCAAAGGAAGCUUAGUUUUGGGCAACCUUUUUCAGUCUAACAGUGUCACAUCCAACCUGGGAAUGAACAUGAUGAGCGGAAUAGAUAGCAUGAUCAAUGGCGUCUUGAGCUUACAUGGAGGGAAAACAAGAAGGGGAUCUCAGCUGCUAUCCAUCUUCGACGAAAAACACAUCUUUUCCUGGAGGUCUUGCAGAUGUCAGUUUUUUCACUGCACAGAGAAAUGGUUUUGUUAG